AUGGGUGGCUUAUUGAAUCGAUCAUCAACGCAAAGAGAUGAAGGAAAAACAAAAUUAAAAAAAGAUAAGCGAAAACGACGACAUGACGACUCGGACGCACCACUGGACAACGAUGAUUUUGUUGUAAUAGAUAGAAAUGAAAAUGAAGAUCCACAAGCUGAAUUAGUAAACUCAUAUGAACUAUGGAAUAAUAAAUGUGAACAAAAACCAAUAAUGAAUAUAAAUGAUCCACCUGGUGCACCACCUACUGAUUCUCCUAACUAUUUUAUUCAUCCAAAUGAUGCAAUGAAUCAUCCAUGGUCGUCUUCUCUUGAUGUUAAUAAUUCAUUUUAUCCGAUAAACUCACUUCAGUCAGUAUCACAAUAUAAUAUGCCAUAUGAUCCUAAUCAAUAUAUGCAUAAUCAAUUUUCUAAUUCAAUGAAUAAUCAAUUGUCUAGUUCAAUGGGCAAUCAAUCACCUAGACUUGCAUCUGAUGGACGAGUACCAAAAAGAGUACAUUUCUCUUCUUUACAUCCAGAACAACAACAACAACAGCAACAGCAGCCUAUGCCUUUAAAGCCAUUAACUAGUGCUCAUUCGUGGCAUGAAACAAAUACUACAGCUUUUGCUACAUCGACAUCGACAGGUACGAAACCUAUGCGAUUAUCAAAUAGAUCAUCUUCAUCUCGACCAUCAGUAGUUAAGCGUAGACCAACACCAACACAAGUACCUGUACAAAAACCUAUUUAUGUAGGUGUCGAUCAUCAAGCAACAUUAGCUGAACGUGGCCAGAUAAUUGCUAAUACACAUCAUCGUAGAAAUGAUGAAAGAAAUCUGACAAAUACCUUAACUUCAUCUAUGUCUAAUCAACAAUUUCAUUCUCAUACAAAUCAUCAAAAUAAACAUCAAAAAAUAAGUGAUUCACCUAAUUCGGAUAAUACAGUAGCAACUAGUAGAUCAUUUGAUGUAUCACAAACAGUCAAUGCUUCAUCACAUCGUUCAAUAAUUAAAUCGAUGUCAACAAAUCGAAUUCCAAAAAAUAGCGAUCAAAUUCCAUUUAUACCUAAUGAACCAAAACCAUUAAGAACAAGAAGUGCUCGUCGACAAGAAUCACCAAUGAAUAAUGAAUUAAAACCAUUGAGAAGUCGAGAAAAUUUUCGACAACAUACACGACAACAUCCUUCAAAUCAAUCACCUUUAUCUUUAUCAAAUGAUUUACCGAAUCGACGUAUUCAACGUAUGAAUUCCGGUUCACCAGUACUACGAAUUGCACUAUCGAAAGGUAUUCAACAUCAGCAAAGACAACAAAUGACAAUAUCUGGAGUGAAUCAUACAAUGCGUACUAUUCCUCGAACAAGAUCAUAA